AUGAGCGCUUUUCGCGAUCUCGGCUGUUGCCUGCUUUGCACUGAACGCUUUUCGCAGGGCCACCGCCCGAAGGUCCUUGGCUGCGGCCAUUCGUUCUGCGAGCGCUGCUUGGCCACCUGUACGCGCAUCUCGAGACUGUGCCCCAAAUGCCGCGCGCCCAUCACAAACAGCUGCAUCAACUUUGAUUUGCUGAACUUGGCUGAAGCUUUGCCGAAUGUUGCUGCUGGUGAUGGCGGCGUUGAAACGCAAAUCCUGGUCAAGAACGUCAACGGCAAGUCUGUGAGGGUUGACAUCAAGCCGGAUUCGACUACGGUGACGCUGAAAGACUUCGAUCCGGAGGAUGAGGAGGCAAAAUUCGAACACGAUUUGAUGAAGAAAGUUGAAGAUCGCGAGGGCAUCAAACCUGAGGAGCAGCGUCUCAUUUUCCUGGGAAAACCGAUUGAGUUGGAGAGCAACCUGUCACUCCGUGACCUCCACUGCAAAGCUUCAAACAAAAUGCUCUCGCGACUCGCCCUCAGCUACCAGCCGAUUCGCCAAUUCUCGCAAACGGCGGUAAAGAGCGCCCGUUUCGGCCAAGGCGGAAUCGGCAACAGGUUCACGGAGCAGACGUGGUCCAACUUCAAGACGCGCACGGGCCCGACGCUGAAGGAGCGGCUGCUGGGCCCGACCACUGGAAAGCCCUAUCUCUACGGCACCUAUGCUCUGAUCGGCGCCUCGGCUUUUGGCAUUGCCGCCCUGGGCUACUAUGGACUCGGCAUGAGCAGCGGCUCCUCGAUUAUUCAGAACAGCGCCCUGUGGCCGCAAUAUGUUCGUGAUCGUCUCCACACCACCUACGGAUACCUCGGCGCCGGCCUCGGAAUCACGGCGGCUGCUGGCGUGGCCGCGUCGAGGAACGCGAUGAUCAUGCGACUCACAUCUUCUGGAUCUAUUUUGGGAAUGUUCGCCACGCUGGCCGUGAUCAUUGGCACAAGCGCCGUCUGCCAGUCGGUCCCGUACGAGAACACCUUCGUCAAGCACGUCGCCUGGGCCGUUCACUGCGGCGCGCUUGGAGCUGUUCUCGCCCCGAUGGUCUACAUGGGCGGCCCGGCGUUGAUGCGUGCCGCUUGGUAUACGGCUGGAUUGGUGGCUGGCCUUUCCGCCACCGCCAUCACCGCCCCGUCCGAGAAGUUCCUGAUGAUGGCCGGCCCGCUCGGCAUGGGACUGGGCGUCGUGUUCGUGGCCAACAUCGGCUGCUUCUUCUUCCCGCCCCACAGCGCCCUUGGAGCUAGCCUGGCCUCGGUGGUCGUCUACGGCGGCUUGAUCUUGUUCUCGGCCUUCCUGCUCUACAACACGCAGCGUUUGGUGAAGCAGGCCGAAAUGCACCCGCAGCCCGGCUACUACGAGGGCGUCCGCCAGUUUGACUCAAUCAAUGCCCAGCUCGGCAUCUACAUGAACAUUCUCAACAUCUUCAUGCGCAUGGCGAUGAUCACGGGCGAAGGCAGCAACCGCAGGAAG